AUGCCACCCCCUGAGGAGCCCAUACGUCCCUCUUCCCCACCUGACACCACUUCCGCGCGCUAUCGGCACCAGCUGCGACAACACCUGCGCACACUCCAACCGCGUGCUUCUGCCCACUCGGCAUUCAGGGAGAAGGAAAAGAAGUUCAAGACUCGGUUCCCGCCGCCUGUUGACGAUGUGAGGGGUGCACUGGAUUCGGCGUUGCUGGAAGAGGAGAGGAAGGGGGAGGUCAGCAGGGGUUGGUGGAUAGGGAGUAGGGGGGAAGGCGAGGUGAGAGAGAUCAGCUUGCAAGGAGGGAAGGGGAAGGGGUACGUGGUCCCCUCUGUGCCUGGGCUUGUCAUCCUCCCCUCUUUCCUCGCUCAGGGCGAACAACGUGCUCUAGUCCGCUGCUGCCUCGAACAAGCAGCUCGAGCACCAAACGAGACCAACCUAGAUACACACUAUCUUGUCCCUUCUGCAGGCAUCUGGGCUGCGAGGGAGGAGGUCGUACAACCCCGAGCGACCUCUGCUAUAAGCGAUGCGGCAGAGGAAGCGUCCGAACAAGCUGGGAAAGGCCGUCGAACCCUUAUCUCCAACCCGCCUGCCUCGGAGUCUUCAUUCUCCACCCUCCUGGUUACAAAACCGACCGCUGCGCCCUCCCCCAACCUCUCCCCCGCACCUGCGUCCGGGCUGAUACACAAGCUCCGCUGGGCUAGCCUGGGUGCUUCCUACCACUGGACAUCGAAGACCUACGACCUGUCGCAUCCUGCGCCUCCCGUCCCCCCGCUCAUAGCAGACUGCUGUACCCGAGUCGUGCGUUCUGUACCCUGGGAGCAAGUGUACAUCCCUUCAGACGGUGAACCCGAAGGCAGCGCCCCCGGUUGGCAAGGGUGGAAAGACGACUACACCCCGGACGCGGGGAUCGUCAACUUCUACUCUCUGUCUGAUACGUUGAUGGCGCAUAUCGACCAUUCCGAACUGGACGCUACGAGACCGCUGGUAUCCCUCUCCCUCGGCCACGCGUGUGUAUUCCUCAUCGGUGGCCCGACGCGGGAGACCGAGCCCCGAGCUGUGUUGUUGAGGAGCGGGGACGCACUUCUGAUGAGCGGGCCAUGUAGGAGGUGGUACCAUGGUGUCCCCCGGGUGCUGGAGGGGACGCUCCCUAAGUGGAUGUGGGAUGACUUGGGCGAUGAGGAUCAAGAGGGGUGGAAGGAGUUUGCGGAGUAUUUGGCGGAUAAGAGGAUUAAUGUUAACGUUAGACAGGUAUGUCCGCCGGGGGUCAGCUUGCCUGCGCCUGAGAGAGACUGAGAAAGGCAUGUUAUUGAUGACAUUUAGCACUGUACAC